AUGGCGCUGGACCACCGGCGCGUGCCGGGCCCCGAGGAGUCGCAGGCCCCGCUGCUGUACGCGGUGCCCGGCCAGGCGGCCCCGGAGGCGCCGGGCCGGGAGGCGGCGGCGCUGCGGCCGCUGCUGGCGCGGGCCGGGCUGCUGAGCCAGGCCGAGGGCUCGGCCUCCCUGGAGCUGGGCGGCGGCACCAAGGUGCUGUGCGCCGUGCGCGGGCCGCGGGAGGCGGCCGAGGGCCGCGGCCGGCUGCUGUGCGAGUUCCGCCGCGCGCCCUUCUCCGGCCGCGGCGCGCGCCCGCGGCCCGGCCCCGCCGCCGCCGCCCGCGAGCGCGAGCUGGGCCUGGCGCUGCAGGAGGCGCUGGCGCCGGCCGUGCGCCUGGCGCGCUACCCGCGCGCGCGCCUGGAGCUGACGGCGCUCGUGCUGCAGGACGGCGGCUCGGCGCUCGCGGCCGCGCUCUCCGCCGCCGCCCUGGCGCUGGCCGACGCGGGCGUGGAGAUGUUCGACCUGGUGGUGGGCUGCGGCCUGUGCCGCGCGCCCGGGCCCGGCGGCGCCUGGCUGCUGCAGCCCAGCGAGGCCGAGGAGCGCGCGGCCGCCGCCCGCCUCACCGUGGCCCUCAUGCCCGGCCUCAACCAGGUGGCCGGGCUGCUGGGCAGCGGCCAGGGCGGGCCGCCCGAGAGCUGGGCCCAGGCCGUGCGCCUCGGCCUGGAGGGCUGCCAGCGCCUCUACCCGCUGCUGCGCCGCAGCCUGCUGCGCAGCGCCGAGCGCCGGGCGGCCGAGGGCCCGCGGGCCGGGGGGGCCAGCGCCUGAGCCGCGCCGGGCCCGGCCCCAUCCCUUCCCCAGGGAAACUGAUCCCAUCCCCGGUCCUCCAGGAUGAACAGGGUAUGGGGUAGAGAUAAUCUGGGGGGGGUGUCCCAGCAGCCCCCCCUUUCCAGAGUAAUCUGGGGGGUGUCCCAGCAGCCCCCCCUUUCCAGAGUAAUCGGGGGGGGGUGUCCCAGCAGCCCAGCACCCCCCUCCCAGAGGUAAUGUGGGGGAUCCCAGGAGCACCCCUCUCCCAGAGGUAAUCUGGGGGUGCCAGUGGCAAAUCUGAUGUGAGAUCAAUCUCCCCUCGCUGCUGGGGAGCAGGGCAGCAGACCCCCCCCAAAGCUAGUUGAGACCUGCCCCACUGCUGGGGGGGAGCAGAGCCGCAACCCCACCCUCCUGCUGCUGGACUGCUAAGGGGACUGAAUAAUUGAACCACGGAGCAGCGGCACCUCCAAAGGAAAAGCCCCACUGGGAUCCAACAAGGGGGCAAUGUGACCAGAGCCCCAGGCUGCUGCUGGGGUUGCUCCACUCAGCAAGGAAAAGUGAGCCGAUUUGGGGCCUAUCUACCAAGGGGAGCACAUCAGAGACAUUUCCACUGGGGAUUGAGCAGCCCUUAUGCCCUGAGGAUAAUUCUGCACCAGCAUGAUAGCAAAAUUGUGGACAUUUCAAUCGAAAUUGGAACUGAAAACAGGAAGCGGACUCUGGAGAUUGAACAUAUGGAGGGAUUUUUUUUUCUUUUCUUCUCAACUCCAGUACUGAGUGGGGAGAGCUGGAGACAUGUUGUAGAAGAGACUUUACAGAUGGGAGUUAACACUGCGGAAGUUAUAGAAACUGUGGCAAACCUUAGGGCAAGUCCCCCACACCCAGUGACACUCUGUGCCCAUGGCAGCUAUCAUCCGCCAUACUCUUAAGUGUUUUUUUAAAUAUCAGAAAUGGUUUUUGUACUUUAUGGUUAAUACAAUUCAGCAGAUGCCACUGAGAUAUGAACUGGGUUUUGCAGGUUGUUGGUUCAUUUCAAUGAUAUUUUGGUGUGUAGGAAUGUAUUUAGUGUGUGCUCCAGAAAAAAACUGCCCCUCCUGCCUUAGAUUAUUAAAAGGUUUCUGUUGGCUCCUAACUGAUUGCUAGGAUAUGGCAAGAAAUACUGCUGUCAGCAGACAUCUGUUUUAUUGGAUGGUUUGAAAUGUUUUUCUAUGAUUUUUUUGUGACAUUUGUUGAUUAUAUCUUAACUCUUCCCCUAAAAAUCGAGACUGCAUUUUUCAUGGUGUUCAUUUCACUUUCCCUCAAAAUCGAGGGACUCAUGCUAGUGUGAUUAUUUUGGUUUGAUCUGGCCCUUUUUUGUUACCUCUCUGGUUAAAACUGAUCAGUAGGGGUCCUUUACUGUCUGUCAGUGGCACCUCUGCAAAUUAAGCAAUUAACUCAAAUUCUCCAUACAAUGGACAUGUACUAAUGCAGUUUUUUUUCUUUCUGUGGGCUUCAUUACACUUGUAUUCUUUUCAUGUUGCACGCAAAGCAUUGUUAAUUGCCCACAAUAGGAAGAACUGGUAAUGAGAUCCUUCAUGCUGAAUGUGCUGUUAUAGUGUAACUCACCCAACCCCUGGAUUGUAUUGAUUUGAGGGAUGUGUUCCAGACACAAGUGAUGAUGAAAGGGUUUGGUUGUAAUGCUUUGUGACUAAAAUGUGUUCAACAGUCAGAAACCACUUCCCAGUAAAAUCCAGUGCAUAUAUAAGACCUAUUUGUAAUUCACCACCAAAGAUAAUUGUUAAGAUGGGAAACAUUUGUAUAUGAUAAUACAUCUUCUUACUGUGAAGUUCACUUUU